AUAAGACGUGACGCAGCGUGUUGGUUCCGUUUCACUGUUGUUUGUAAUGCUCCCUCUGCAGAGUGACUGCAGAGACGUUUGCAAGGUGCUGGUGUGUCUAACACAUUCAAGGUCACUCCCCAAGGGUCUUCAACUGCAUGCAUACGCCAUUAAAUUAGGGUUUGAAGCUCUUCCAUUGGUGUGCCAUCAUUUGAUCAACUUCUACUCCAAAACUAACCUUCCUCAUUCCUCGCACAAACUCUUCGAUUCCUUUCCCCACAAAUCCGCCACCACAUGGAGCUCCGUCAUCUCCGCCUUCGCCCAGAACGACCUACCCCACCUCGCCCUCCGCUUCUUCCGUCGCAUGCUCCGCCACGGCCUCCUUCCCGACGACCACACCCUCCCCACAGCUACAAAGUCCUGCGCCGCCCUCUCGUCCCUCCCCACCGCCCACUCCCUCCACGCCCUCGCCCUUAAAAGCGCCAACCACUUUGACGUGUUCGUUGGAAGCUCCCUCGUCGAUAUGUACGCUAAAUGCGGCGAAAUAAACAUCGCGCGGAAGGUGUUCGACGAAAUGCCUCAUAAAAACGUCGUCUCCUGGAGCGGCUUAAUAUACGGGUACUCCCAACUGGGUCUCGAUGAGGAGGCUUUGAACCUCUUUAAAUGUGCGUUGCAGCAGGAUUAUGAUAUUCGGGUUAAUGAUUUUACGUUGUCUAGUGUUUUGAGGGUUUGUAGUGCUUCCACUCUGUUUGAGUUGGGGAAGCAAGUGCAUGGAUUGUGUUUUAAGACGAGUUUUGACUCUUCCUGCUUUGUGGCUAGUUCGUUGAUCUCGUUGUACUCCAAGUGUGGAGUUGUGGAAGGGGGUUACAAAGUUUUUGAGGAGUUGAAGGUUAGGAACCUUGGCAUGUGGAAUGCGAUGUUGAUUGCGUGUGCUCAGCAUGCUCACACGGGGAAAACGUUUGAGCUGUUUGAAGAGAUGGGGAGUGUCGGGAUGAAGCCGAAUUUCAUCACUUUUUUGUGUCUCCUUUAUGCGUGCAGCCAUGCGGGGUUGGUGGAGAGGGGGAAGCAUUACUUUGAGUUGAUGAAGGAUCAUGGGAUUGAACCCGGAUCGCAGCAUUAUGCUACCAUGGUCGAUUUGCUUGGUCGUGCUGGGAAGUUGGCGGAAGCGGUUCGGGUGAUUGAGCACAUGCCUAUGGAGCCCACGGAAUCUGUUUGGGGGGCUUUGUUGACUGGGUGCAGGAUUCAUGGGAACACUGAAUUGGCUUCUUUUGUGGCUGAUAGGGUUUUUGAGAUGGGUGCUGUGAGUUCUGGGAUCAAUGUUUUGCUUUCUAAUGCUUAUGCUGCUGCUGGGAGAUGGGAGGAAGCGGCGAGAGCAAGAAAAAUGCUGAGGGAUCAGGGAAUAAAGAAAGAAACUGGUUUGAGUUGGGUGGAGGAGGGUAAUAGGGUUCAUACAUUUGCUGCUGGGGAUAGGUCUCAUGGGAAGACCAAGGAAAUUUAUGAGAAGUUGGAGGAGCUGGGAGAGAAAAUGGCAAAAGCUGGGUAUGUUGCUGACACGUCUUUCGUGUUGAAAGAAGUAGACGGAGAUGAGAAGAGUCAAACUAUAAGGUAUCAUAGUGAAAGGUUGGCCAUAGCGUUUGGACUUAUUACUUUUCCUCAGGAGCGGCCUAUCAGAGUGAUGAAGAACUUGCGUGUUUGUGGUGAUUGCCACACUGCCAUCAAGUUUAUUAGCAAGUGUACUCAAAGGGUAAUCAUUGUGAGGGACAAUAACCGGUUCCAUCGAUUUGAGGAGGGAAAAUGCACUUGUGGAGAUUAUUGGUGAUCAUGGUAGGAAGGUGAAUGACAUGAGAGUCACUAAACACAUCAAACUAUUUUCAGUAGCAGAGCAGGAACAGAGUACCAUCAACGCUCAACUUGUCUUUUGUCAUCUCGCCGCGUAUAGAUCUCGGUAUUUAUCUUUUUGCCAUUGAAGAUAACGUGAUGGGGAAAAAAGGAGGUCUAUAUAGUACCGUACUCAAAGAAGAACUCCAAAAAUAUUCCAGGGUACGACUACCUUCAAAUACAAGAGAAGAUGCGUGAAUGUGAGAAGUAGCAGUUUUUGAUGGCGCUUCUGAUUACUCAAUUGACUUCCUCAUACCACUGUCAUAGUAUAUCCGUAAAUUCUGAUUUGAGGUUGGAACAUCAAUGACAUGCCAGCUAAGUUACUAAUUUAAAUUCUCAUGGUCGUAUGUUCAAGUUCUCCAUCAAUCUUUAUCACAGUAUGUUCAAGUUCGGAUCACCAAACAAUUCCCUGGUUGCGGAUAAAGGCUUGAAUGCAUAGGAAAGGAAGUUCGGGAAUGCUAAGGACCUUAUGAAGCUGGAAGGCAUACUGUUGUGAGUUUAGCCAUAGGUUUUUCGUGCAUGAAUAUGCCAAAAAACGGUUCUUUGGAUAAGUACAUAGAGGAUCCCUCAAGAGGUUAACUUGGAGGAAGGAAGUUUGAGUCAUGGUACCGUAAAAAAUGUGAGACUGUUAUGUUGGAUGAAAACUCAAUGGCCAAGGUGAGUGAGUAUGGCUUUGCAAUAGUGCAUAGUGAGUAAACACACUGUGGCUUUUGAGCUGAGAAAGAUUUUCGAAGAUAUUUCUAAAUCCGAAAAUAUCUUCCUAAACAUUCAAUUUGACCUUAUUUUUUCAAAACACCCGAUCUGAAAUACAAAAUAAUUCCGGGACCAAAUGUUGUAAAACAAAUUUCUACAUCAAAAAUUUCCUUCCGGAACACUACUUCCAAAAAAAUUGUAUUUCGGAAUCUGGGACAUUUUAGUUCCAAUCUGGGACAUAGUUUCUAAUUCGGAACAAUCCUACGCUGGUGCCGGCUUUGGCCAUGCUCCCGUUGUAAACUAAUUCCCGCGGACGAAGGCUUCUGCAUGAAAAACCAUCCCUUACUUUAUCAUUCUUCACGUCCCAUUCUUCAUUAAUUUCUCUUCCAUCACUUUUUAUUACAGAAUUUCAAUUGGAACAGGGGUUUAGUGAUUAUGGACCUCAACAUCGUUGAGGAAGCCUCCACCAUCUUCAAUUCCGGCGAGCAAGGGUUUAGGCUACCCAGCAAUGAUGGGAGAGGCGCUGGAAGAAUGGAAACUUUGUGAGGGAUGAGGACCUGACAAGGUUGAGGGGAUAGGAUUAAAGGGUAUCUUGAGGAUUAUGGGUUUUUUCGGUGCAGAAAGAAAAAAAAAAGGAGGUGCAGGAAGAGAGAACCCAUAAAGUAAUUGUAUGAAAAAGUCGAGAAGGAAUGAGUCCAUUACAGUAUGCCCAAAUAGUUUUUGACGUGGGCCCAAAUACGCAAGGUUGAACUGACCGGCGAUGUAUAUUUUCUCUUUCUCAUCAUGAGCUUCGAAAGUUUUUAAGUUUUUUUAUGAUUCCAAAGAACAUAUAGUUAUCAAAGGAGAUGGAGACAGCUUGCAUUUUGUAAUAACAUUUCAUGCGUAUGUAAUUCACUUAACUGUUUACUUUGUAAAAUUUUAGAUAUAAUUCAUAAAUGCUUUUUCCUA